ACUGCGAAGUGCUGCAACCGUUGUUCUCUCUCUCUCUCUCUCAGCUCCAAAAGAAGGCGAAGGAGAAACCCUAGACACCUUCGAGAACUGAUCCCUAGGGUUCUUACUACACUAUGCAAUCACCGGUUCUCGUUCUCAAGGAUUCUCUCACUCGUGAAUCUGGAAGUAAGGUGCAUCAUGCAAAUAUUCAAGCUUCAAAGGCCGUGGCUGAUAUUAUUCGAACCACUUUGGGUCCAAGGUCGAUGCUAAAGAUGCUUUUAGACGCUCAAGGAGGAAUUGUGGUCACUAAUGAUGGGAAUGCCAUUUUGCGGGAGUUGGAUAUUGCUCACCCUGCUGCAAAGUCCAUGAUUGAACUAAGCCGCACACAGGAUGAGGAAGUUGGUGAUGGAACUACAUCAGUCAUUGUUCUUGCUGGUGAGAUGCUUCACGUUGCAGAAGCUUUCAUUGACAAGAAGUAUCAUCCUACAGUUAUUUGCCGAGCUUACAUCAAGGCUCUUGAGGAUGCUCUUGCUGUGUUGGACAAAAUCUCCAUGUCUAUUGAUGUGAAUGACCGUUCAAUGAUGCUGGGUUUGGUUAAGAGUUGUAUCGGCACAAAAUUUACCAGUCAAUUUGGGGAUCUGAUUGCAGAUCUAGCACUCGACGCAACAACUACAGUCGGUGUGGACCUAGGCCAAGGAAUACGAGAAGUGGAUAUUAAAAAAUACAUUAAAGUCGAGAAAAUCCCCGGUGGCCAAUUAGAAGAUUCCAAAGUCCUCAAAGGCGUUAUGUUCAACAAAGAUGUCGUCGUCCCCGGAAAAAUGAAACGAAAAAUUAUAAACCCGCGUAUCAUAUUACUAGAUUGCCCUUUAGAAUACAAAAAGGGUGAGAAUCAAACAAACGCCGAAUUAGUACGAGAAGAAGAUUGGGCCAUACUCUUAAAAAUGGAAGAAGAAUACAUAGAAAACAUUUGCGUACAAAUACUUAAAUUCAAGCCUGAUUUGGUGAUAACCGAAAAGGGGCUUAGUGAUUUGGCGUGUCAUUAUUUCAGUAAAGCCGGAGUUAGCGCGAUUAGGAGAUUGAGGAAAACCGAUAAUAACCGGAUUGCGAAAGCGUGUGGGGCGGUUAUUGUGAAUCGGCCCGAUGAACUUCAAGAAUCGGAUGUUGGGACUGGUGCUGGGCUUUUUGAGGUUAAAAAGAUUGGUGAUGAGUUUUUUUCGUUUAUUGUGGAUUGUAAAGACCCGAAAGCGUGCACGAUUCUUCUUCGAGGUGCCAGCAAGGAUCUUUUGAAUGAAGUUGAACGGAACUUGCAGGAUGCAAUGUCAGUUGCUAGGAACAUCCUGAAGCAUCCGAAACUUGUUCCCGGUGGUGGUGCAACUGAGUUAACUGUUUCCGCUACCCUGAAGCAGAAGAGCUCGUCGAUAGAAGGCAUUGAGAAGUGGCCUUAUGAAGCCGCAGCCGUAGCGUUUGAAGCUAUACCACGAACAUUGGCACAGAACUGUGGUGUCAAUGUCAUUAGAACCAUGACUGCUCUUCAGGGAAAGCAUGCAAAUGGUGAGAAUGCCUGGACAGGUAUAGAUGGCAAUUCAGGUGAAAUUGCUGAUAUGAAAGAACUAAAGAUUUGGGAUGCUUAUAACGUGAAGGCGCAGACCUUUAAGACAGCCAUCGAAGCUGCUUCUAUGCUUUUAAGAAUCGAUGAUAUCGUGAGUGGAAUCAAAAAGAGGCAAGCUCCUGGAUCUAACCAACCAUCAAAACCCACUAUUGAGACCGAAGGGGAUGCUGAUAACGAGCAGAUGAUUCCCGAGUGAUGAAACAUUUUAAUGUAGUUUCAUUAAACACGUUUUCUCUUGAUUCAUUUUUAAUUUCUUAUGUGCUUUCAUUAUUACCACUCGACUGCCCGAAAUUUUGGUCCGUUAUGCUAAGUUUUGUUUCUUCUCUUUUGACCAUUUUUUCAUUCCUAGUAUGUGCUGUUUGUUUUGUACUAUUGACAUUGUAUAUUAGUUAAGAGGUAGCAGUGUGUAUCCAAAGUAA